CAAGAGAGGGGGUUUUGUGGGGGUCUACAGUACUUACAGAUCGGGGUUUACAGUUUCAGUAACUUUUCUGACUGCUGUAAAAAGUAAACACUUGUAAUUAUUAUUAUUAUUAUUAUUAUUAUUAUUAUUAUUAUUAUUAUUAUUAUUAUUAUUAUUAUUAUUAAUUGUUUACUUUUAAACUUAAUAUCCAGAACCCCAACCUUUCCCUUUGAUAACAACUAGGAUAUUUAUCCGAGGAAUAUUUUUCGGUUUUUAUAACAACAACAACAACAACAACAACAACAACAACAACAACAAUUUAACAGGCAACGAUAGAAACUGAUAAUUAAUUUAUUUAGGAUUUAGCAGGUUUAAAUACAACAAAAUCAUUCGCAUAUGUGCUUUUAACCAUACAUAAAUUGACACAAAUAUUUUCUCGGUUUAAAUUCUUGCACAACAGAUCUGAGAACCUCCUUUUAGAUUUCAAAUAAUCCUUAUAAAAAUAUCCAAAUCAUAUCACAGAAUCUCUUACAUAAAUAAACCAGUACGGUGAUGGUUUAUAUAUUUAUUUAUUAUUUGCAUAAUACUUGAGGGGUUUUGGAUGUUGCCAAGAAAAUCUUGGCUUCCUUAUCCGGGUAUUUUGACCCCAGUAGCUGCUAUUGGCCUGAGCUGAGUCUCGUGAUCAAAGAAACUUUGCAGGCUCCGCUUCAGUGCUGGGAGGGGUGGGCUUUUAUAGAGCAGUAAAACGACACAAAGAAGGAAAAUUUAUUUCUUCCCCCUCCCUAAAUUAAUGAUCAUGAGCUCGUAUUUGAUGAACUCGAACUACAUCGAUCCUAAAUUUCCUCCGUGCGAAGAAUAUUCGCAAAAUGACUACAUCAGUGCUGAAUGUUACAGACGCGCCCGGGACGCCGACUACCACCAGCAGGAGUUGUUAUAUCCUCAAAGUGUCACCUACCAAGAGGGCAAAUAUGAGUGUGAAAGCAUUCCCGAGCACGGGGGGCAUUUACAUGGGGCAAAAGCAUACACACCUCCGACUGCUGCCCCUGCCACCCCGACAACUGCCCCUGAACUGCCCUCCGACAGCAAAGAGCCUGUGGUGUAUCCCUGGAUGAGGAAAAUCCACUCCAGCGCAGCGAACUCGUAUGGUUCAGAGACCAAGCGUUCCCGCACCGCUUACACCCGCCAGCAGAUCCUGGAGCUGGAGAAGGAGUUUCACUACAGCAGAUAUUUAACCAGGAGGAGAAGAAUCGAGAUCGCCAACACGCUGUGCCUGAAUGAGAGGCAGAUCAAAAUCUGGUUUCAGAACCGUAGGAUGAAAUGGAAGAAAGAUCACAGGUUACCCAACACCAAAGUCCGACCUUCAUCCUCCUCCUCCUCCUCCUCUUCUUCUUCUUCUUCUUCUUCUUCUUCGUCCUCAAACAGUGCAGCGCAAGACCAGGACAUCAAAAAAAACUUAGACUAAAAGAGAGAUUUCAUGGACACCAGUACGCUAUACAACAUUUUAUCGCCUUAUUUUGAACAGAAUUAGAUUUUUAUUUAUUUAAUACUUGUGUUUACAAUUAAAAUCCAUUCAAUCUAGCCAAAUCGUAAGUAUUUAUUUUGUAUUUUUUAAUAUGUUAAUAUUUGAACAGCACAUAGUCUGUCGCCGUCCAUUUGCCAUCUUGCACAUUUUUAUUUAUUUAUACAAUGAAUUUAUCUGAUAUUUAUUAAUUAUUAUUAAUGUAACACGUCUAAAGGUUUUAGCUUGCUAUAAUAUACUGCACUUCCAGGAGAAUAACAAAAUAAAUUACAUUAUUUUUUUCGUGUUUGUGAUGCCCGCUGAAUAUUAGAAUGUGAUUUUUAACUUAAUGUAAAGUGGACAUUGUGUUAAUUUGUGCUGUAAGUGACUGUGGUCAAUAAAAGUAUUAAUGCAUUAAA